CCCUCACCGAAAAUCUGAGGAAUCACCCAUUGGACCAUGCAAAAAAUAUGCUGAACAGGUAUCAUCAUUAUUGCUCAUUUCGUUAGCAGAAAAUCUGAAGAAGGAACGAAUGAUAUCAUCUCCCUUUUUUUGAGAACAUACCAAUUGUGCUGCCCCUACAGUUUGUUAAAGCUCUGCAGUUGUAGCAGCGAAUUUUUUGCUUAGCCCAUCGGCCCGCAUUUGAGCGAAUUGCGACGUAAUCGCGCAAGCAUACGGCAGCGGUACUUCUUUGAAAGGGUACUUCUUUGAAAGGGUACUUCUUUGAAAGGGUACUUCUUCGAAAGGGUACUUCUUCGGAAGGGUACAUACUUCGAAAUCCUCUGGGCGUAACAGCGCAAGCGUGCACACUUAUACGAGCACCCGCGUGACCGUACAAUCAGCCGCAGCGCACACCCCCCUCUCGACAAAAUGGCGUGCAACAACGAGGCAAUCAAAAAAUUUGUGCAGAAAAUUAUAGACGAGAAUAUCAUUGCGGUGUUUUCGAAAACGGAAUGCCCAUACUGCAUUAAGGCAAUCUCCAUUUUGAAAGGCUAUAACGUGAGCAAUAUGCAUGUAGAACAAAUCGAGAAGAACCCCAACAUGGCGGACAUCCAAGCCUACUUAAAAGACCUAACAGGUGAAGGAGAACGAAGAGGGAAAGCUCCAAGAGCGCCUGAAGAAACUGGGCCUCCUCAGUUAAAUCGAAGGAAAGGCAAAAACCUGGGAUGAGGAGCAUCCGCUCUUAGGGCGCCCCUAACUGGCACUGCUAUCUUACAGUAUCGUUUUCGCCCUAGCCCGAUUGAAAAAAAAGGCGGAAUUAAUUUGCUCGUUUUGUGUAGACCAUGCAGCGUUCCUGUUGUACGAGUGUGUGUAAAUUUUUCGCCAAACCGGCACCAACGUUAAAGUGUGCAUAUGUAAAGGAAUCUACGCGUUACGCGCGCAUCAUUGUGUGCACAUAUAUACGUACCCGUACCAGCG